AUGGCGACGGAGAUGCCUGAAAGCGAUGACGUAAGAAUUGAAAUCCCAAGUAAUCAACCGGCAAACAGCAAUGAUGGCGUCGUGAUGGAAUGGAAUCUCUGCCUUAUAGGCCAAAAGACCACCGAACCACCCCAACGUCAUCGCCGGAUCGAUAAACUACCGCCAUUACUCAUCAAAGGUGAAAAAGGUCGAAGAAACCAAGAAUACUACGAGCCUGCCGUCGUUUCCCUCGGCCCUUACCACCAUAACCGACCAGAUCUCGCACAAGCCGAGAAGUACAAACUCAUAACACUCGAAGAAUUUAGCUUUAGCAGCGGAAGGAAGAUCGAUUAUCUAUACAACAAGGUGUUCGAGGUGGUUCACGACGCCAGAAAGUGUUAUAUCGAUGGAUCUACAGAUGAUUAUAACGAUGAGGAGUUUAAUCGAAUGAUGCUUCGUGAUGCUUGUUUCGUAUUGUUCUUCAUCGAAUGCUUAUCGCUCUCGAACAAGAAGGUUAUGCUAAAUAACGAGUAUUUGGGCGCAUUAGGGUUUGCGAAUGUGGUUCGUGACAUUUUCCUGCUUGAGAACCAGAUCCCGUUUGUAGUUCUUGAGGUUUUGUUGGAUCUGCGAUUCGACGAUAAAGGCGAAAAAGUCCUAAACGGAUUCUUCAAUUACUUAAACUACGGCGAGUUGAUUCCGAGGGAGGAAUUAAAGGUGCUCGAAGAUGAAUAUCCACUUCAUCUUCUCGAGCUUUACAGAUCGUAUUUCAUCUCGCUUUCGAGGUUUGGUUUGAAAGAGGAUUAUAAUUAUGUGAAAAGAAAUCGAUCGUUUGCUUCAGUUAUGGAACUCAAAGCUAAAGGGAUUUUCGUCAAGUGUUCUUACGAUGAAUCUACAAACGAAGAUAUUAAGUUUCACUCACGGUGCUGCUAUGGCGAGCUUGAACUUGUUCGGCGAGCAGUGUCGUCGAAUUCUAAAGCGAUUUACUUGAACAUGAUCGCUUAUGAGAUGUGUCCUCAUAACCCUAACGAUUUUCGAGUUUCGACUUACAUCAGAGUGAUGAAAUCGCUGAUUGUUCAUCCCGAUGAUGUGAAGGAGUUACGAAACAGCAGUAUAUUGCUUCAUACUCUUGGCCGGGAUGAAGAAGUGGUUAAGAUGUACGAUGAGAUUGAAGUUCCGGCGGUUAAUCUUUACAUGUUUAACCAACUCCGGCGAGGGAUUGAAAAGCACUGUAAAAACAAGUAUAAGACGUGGGCGGCGGAGCUGAUAACCGUUUACUUUAGCAGUCCAUGGAAGACGGUGGCUUUGUUGGUUGCUUCAGCUAUUUUGUUCACCACUUUUCUGCAGACUUACUUUACGAUCAGGCCACUUCCAGAUGACUCCAAUGAAAAUAUUAUCAAGCUUCUGAGACGAUGCGCACGCUAUAAGCCUCCAUCACUGCCUUGA